UAGAAGCAGGGAAGAUGGCUAUUCGCUUGGUGAAUCUGGGAAAGUCGUUUGUUCGGGCUCGAGUUCCAUUUGUCCGGUUGAUGUCUUCCUUUGAAGCGCUCGAAGAAGCUAUAAAAAAUGCCGUCGAAACGAAGGACUAUCUUCGUAUCCCUGACCUUCUAGUCUCACUAAAAGAGCCACACUUGAACCCAAAGUUAUUCUCAUUUCUGUCUGCCUUCCCACCCCAUCAUAAAACCCGGGUCAUAGAUGAAAUUCUUCAAAGUUUUAUUACCAUAAGACCCCAUUCCCAUACCAAGAGUGCCUACUCCGGCCUUCUUUCUUACUGCCUUCAGACUUCUGACCCAUUUCCUUUGUCACUCGCAAUCCUCCAACGCACUCUUCGAUCGGGUUGUCUUCCUGUUCCUCAAACUCAUCUCCUUUUGUCCAAUGCUUGGCUUGAACGGCGGCGUCAAUCCCAAUCUGUUGCAGAGAUUCUAAAUGAGAUGAAAUCAAUUGGGUAUAGUCCUGAUACAGGCACAUGUAAUUUUUUAGUGUCGUCUCUCUGUGCAGUUGACCAGACAGAUGAGGCGAUUAACGUGGUCAAAGAAAUGGGUGCAGCUAGUUGUAUUCCUGAUGCAGAAAGCUAUGGCGCCGUGAUAAGUUCGAUGUGUUUGGCUAGAAAGACUAAACAUGUGGUGGGGAUGAUUAAACAGAUGGUGAGCAAAGCUGGAAUUUCUCCACGGCAAGGUAUGCUUUCGAAAGUAGCAGCGGCUUUGAGAGCAAACAGGGAGAUACGGAAAGCUGUUGAUAUGAUUGAUUUCGUAGAAAGUCAAGGUUACCCUGUAGAGUUUGAGGCAUAUGAGGCUGUGGUUGAGGGUUGCUUAGAGUGUAAGGAGUACAUUUUGGCAGGGAAGGCAGUGAUAAAGAUGACAGAGAGGGGGUUCAUACCAUAUAUCAGAGUGAGGCAGAAAGUGGUCGAGGGUCUGAAUAGUAUUGGGGAAUGGAAGCUUGCUUGUACGGUGAGGCAAAGGCUUGCAGAGCUGAGGACUUAGCUAUGUUCAAGAGUAGCAAUGGCAUUUUAAGUUCCUAGAAGAAACUUCGAGUCAAGAAUUUGAGGAAAGUAUGGGGAUUACUCCCCCCAUUACUCUACAUUGAUGAAUAAUCUUCGAUGCUUCGUUUAAAAGGGUUCUGCUUUCUGGCAUUCCUUACCCUUUUGUGUUUGUGUCUUUAAAAUACAUCCAAGCCUUGAAAAAGCUGUUGAGGAGUCUUUGGAUUGCCAUUGUUAAGUAUAUUUAACGGGAAACAGAGUGAUGGAAACUAUGGAUAUUUUCUUCAUCGCGUAUGUAAAGAGAGCCAUCGAACCUUUGGGCAGUUUGAAAAGUAUUGAUAAAUGGGAGCUUGUAAUGAAAGUAGAAUUCAUCAUCCGAAGCUAAUUUAUCUGAAAUUUCCGUUUUUGAUUGGUCUCAAGGUUCAGUUGGUUCUGCUUGGCAAAAUCCUAGCCUGAAUUCUGACCAGAUCAAUUUAUCCGUAGAGUGUUACCAUCUGGAUUGCUUAUUCUGAGAGAGAGAUCUCAGUUAUCUGUUUCUUUCACCAUGACAAGAUGCUAAAGCUUCCACCAAAGCUGCUCACUUUAUGG